AUGCCUCCACGAAGAGCUGUCAGAGGUCGUCCUGCGAGUCACAAUGUUGAACCACAAGAGCAAGAGUUACCCAAUGCACCUGAAGUGCAACCUCAGGACGAAGUUACUAAUGCUGAGUUCAGAGAGGCUAUUAGGAUGUUCAGUCAAGUUGUUACUAACCAAGCUAGGCACCAGAGAGGAGCUCGUCAGGAAGAGCCUGACACUUCUAGGAUUCGUGAGUUAUUGAGGAUGAACCCUCCAAGUUUCACUGGUUCAAGCAUUUCUGAGGAUCUGGAGAAUUUUGUUGAUGAACUGAAAAAGGUGUUCGAUGUGAUGCAUGUUACUGACACUGAAGUGGUUGCGGACAUGAGGAGUAUGAUGAGUCUAUUUGUUGAUGGGUUGUCCUGUCUAUCAAGCAAAGAGGGCCGGGCAGCAGUGCUUAUUGGGGACAUGGACAUUUUGAGGUUGAUGGUCUAUGUGCAACAAGUAGAGGAAUAUAAGCUAAUGGGAUAUGGAGGAAUUCAAGAACAAGAGGGCUAA